AACUGCACCGCCCGCAAACAUGGCUCAGUGACUCUGACAAAAGGUGCAGCCUCCCUCCCGGCAGGGUGGACGCCGGGCCUCCCAACCCCGGCCGCACCUCCCCGCGGAGCGCCGAGAGAGCACCGCAUCCCGCAAGCACCCUAAGCCCGAGCCGAAGAAGAUGCACCAGGCGUUCCACCCCAGCGGCCCCAGCACACCUGCCCGCGGCUCUAAACUUUGACCUUGAAGAUGGUGAGUAGCCAGCCGAAGUACGAUCUAAUACGGGAGGUAGGCCGAGGUAGUUACGGUGUUGUGUAUGAAGCAGUCAUCAGAAAGACUUCUGCACGGGUGGCAGUGAAGAAAAUUCGAUGCCAUGCACCUGAAAAUGUCGAACUAGCCCUGCGUGAGUUCUGGGCACUAAGCAGUAUCAAGAGCCAACAUCCAAAUGUGAUUCACUUGGAGGAAUGCAUCCUACAAAAAGAUGGGAUGGUGCAAAAGAUGUCCCACGGCUCUAAUUCUUCCCUUUAUCUGCAGCUUGUAGAGACUUCAUUAAAAGGAGAAAUUGCCUUUGAUCCCAGAAGCGCCUAUUACUUGUGGUUUGUGAUGGAUUUUUGUGAUGGAGGAGAUAUGAAUGAAUAUCUGUUGUCCAGGAAACCUAAUCGUAAAACUAACACCAGCUUCAUGCUCCAGCUGAGCAGUGCCCUGGCUUUCUUGCAUAAAAACCAGAUCAUCCACCGAGAUCUUAAGCCUGAUAACAUCCUGAUUUCUCAAAGUAGGAUGGAUACCAGUGACUUGGAACCCACACUCAAAGUGGCAGAUUUUGGUCUCAGUAAAGUUUGUUCAGCCUCUGGGCAGAACCCAGAAGAACCUGUCAGUGUAAACAAGUGUUUCCUUUCCACAGCAUGUGGAACAGAUUUCUACAUGGCUCCUGAAGUGUGGGAGGGACAUUAUACAGCAAAAGCUGACAUCUUUGCUCUGGGGAUUAUCAUCUGGGCAAUGCUGGAAAGAAUCACAUUCAUAGACACAGAGACAAAGAAGGAACUCUUGGGGAGUUAUGUCAAACAAGGAACUGAGAUUGUGCCUGUUGGGGAGGCGCUUCUGGAAAAUCCCAAAAUGGAACUUCUCAUUCCUGUGAAGAAAAAGUCUAUGAAUGGGCGAAUGAAACAACUGAUUAAGGAAAUGCUGGCUGCAAACCCUCAGGAUCGUCCAGAUGCUUUUGAACUAGAACUCAGAUUAGUACAAAUUGCAUUUAAAGAUAGCAGCUGGGAAACGUGACACAUAUAUUAUUUGCAAAUAUCUUGGAUGAUAUAUGCUGCUUCUGUUUUAGCAGUGAUGCAACAUAAUGUGGCUGAAAAAGAAUAUAAAAAGCUAAACUCCGCCUUCUAAGGGUUUAGAUUUUAUUGUGGGGUGUUUUUUUUCCUUGUUUUUCUUAAGUCCAGGCGGGCCAUUUUGUCAGUAUGUUUUAAAUGUGUAUUACCAAUGUGGGUGUAAAUUUUUUUAAAUGGUCAUUGGUAGAAGUUUGGCAGGAACAUCCUCAAGAGCCAAGAAGAAAAGAGCAUCCAAUUUUCUGGAAAUAUGUCUCCAAGUAUUUUAGACAUUCCUUGUCAGUAUUAGGAAUUUCCUUGGAAAAAGAGGUUUGCAUGCUGGUAAUGCAACCUUGGAGCUUUGUAAAGGAAACAUAUAUGUAUAUAUUUAUGUAUAUGUAAGUAUGUGAAUGUGUGCAUUUUGCAUUCCAUAUGAAGAAAAUGCCAGUUCUGUUUAAAUUAUUUGAUGUAGGUUUGGGUUUUUGAGAUUUGCUGGUGAAAUCAGUGAUGAAAAAUGUAAGAACCUUCCUUCAUCUUCUUACCCUCUCCCUCCUUCUAAUGAAACCAUCCUACAUUUUUUUUAUUUUUGUAAUAUUGUACAACCUUUUUUCAAGCCAUCAUUUUGGAGGGUCUAAAAUUAUAUGAUUAAACAGGAAUGAAAUGAAAUGAUCCAAAGCUGCUGAAGUAUGUUUGAGCCCCCCAGUGCCUGAUAGCUGCCAGGGGUGGAGUUAGACAUGCAGUCAUGGUUGCAGGUUGGCAAGGACGGUGAUGAUUCAGUCAUACCUUCUUUAGGUAACCAGGUUGGCAAGGACGGUGAUGAUUCAGUCAUACCUUCUUUAGGUAACCAGGCAUAAAAUUAACCAAUUAAACCACUGCAUUGGACAUGUCUGCACUUGAGCAUCUGUAAUCUGAUAUAAAGCUGAACACAGGAUUCUUCUGUUUCUGGAAACUUUGCUAUAUAUGAACUAUGGUACUUGAUAUGUUAGUUUUUUAUUUGAAGACUUUGUCUAAGCCUUAGCAUAAAGUCAAAGAAACCAAAUGAGCUCUACCCUCACAUUGUCUGCCCUGUAAUGGUCUCUUGUUUAAUCACUGGAUUCCUUUUGUUUUGGCACUAAUGCUGUUUUAUCUAAUUUGACACAGUAAUGGUAGUGAUAUGGUUGUAUUAAAUGUUGAUGACCUUUUUCUAAAGUGGGAGAUGAUACCUAUACAGUGAUAAAUGGGUAAAGUACUGUGGCAUCAACUAUAUCUUUAAGUAGAAAUGUCACUGAUUUUAUACAAUCACUUGGUAGGGUCUAUGUCAAAAACUGAUAGACCUUUAUUCUUUUGAAGUGAGUUUGAUUUUAACCCUAUCUGGUUGUCUCAAAUUUGUUUUUCUAUAAAUGCAGGUAGUUAAAAUCUAAGGAAACCAAGUUUUCCUAAAACAGCCUUUAAGAUUCAAUAGACUUUAAAACCAUUGUAUCUAGGUUAAUCUUUAUAAAGCACUAGAAUCUUUGGUUAAAAGCAAAAAAAAGUAUUUAAAUCAUUAAUAGUUUACAUAGUCUUUCGAACUCUGAACUUCCACAGCUUUUGGAAUAUUGCUAUCAUAAUUUUUUCCUUAUUUAAAAUGUGUUCAGGGGACUAUAGAAGGUGAAAAAGCACAAAAAAAUUAGAAUAUGCAAAAUUUCUGAACUGUAUUACUUGGUCUGGAAGUUUAAAAUUUAAACUCAAAGGUUUUACUGAAGUAAACCUUUUAAAAUAAAAUUGUGUACUUUUGACAUUUUCAA